GCUUCUUCGCUCUCCAAACCAAAAGCAAAAGCUUCACUCUCUCCACAACGACAAGGACAGAGAGAAAAACCCCAAAUUCCAAUCCCAAACCCUAAUCCCCGCACGCCAUGCCGAGGGGGCGCGUGCCCGGCGGCUCGACCGCCAACUUCAGCACCCACCUCAUCGCGGCCCAGCUCGGGAUGCAGUGCCGCAUGGGUCCCGCGGCGGCGGAGCAGAUGAGGCGCGUCAUCGCGUCGUCGGACUGCGACACCGGCCGCGUCAUGAGGAUGUUUGGUGCCAUGGAAGGUGGCGACAGUGAUUCUGAUUCUGAUGACUCUGCGGAGACGGAGAAAGUUGGGCCACUUCAUGAGGCAGCAAGCGCAGGGAAAAUGGAUACUUGCAAACAUUUGGUGGAGCAGCUUGGGUUUGACAUCAAUGCUGAAGCAAGUGAUGAUUUGGGUAUGACACCUUUGGCUUGUGCGGUGUCCAAGGGAAAAGCAAUUGCUGUGAGGUAUUUUCUUGACAAAGGUGCUGAUCCAAAUAAGCAAGACAACAUCGGUUUUACUCCUCUGCACUAUGCUACAAAAGAAGGGUAUGAUGGACUGGCACGACUACUGCUGUCUAAAGGGGCUAGUGUUGAUGUUAUUUCUUCUAAAGGCACAGCCCUGCAUCUUGCUGCCUCCAGUUGGAAGUCUGGCAUCAUGAAGAUUCUAUUGGAGCACAAUGCAGAUCCAAACAAGGUCUCCGCAGAUUCAGAGACACCAUUAGCUGCAACACUUAUUGCUUCUGAUGGACUGAAUGAACCUGCUGUGCUGAAGUGCAUAAAGCUUCUUGUUAAGGCUGGUGCUAAUUUGAACCGCGCUAUUCCUGAUACACCACUGGUGAUAGCAACUAACAAAGACUUUGUUGAAUGUGUUGAGUACUUGUUGGAGGCUGGUGCAAACGCCAAUAUUCCAACUAAUAACGGUGGUAAGACACCAAUAGAAAUAGCCGCGAAGUCUGGAAGAAGGAAGCUUGUGGAGAUUCUAUUUCCUUGCACGUUGCCAAUUAAAGGUGUGUCAAACUGGACUGUUGAAGGAAUCAUCACCCAUGUGAAAUCAAAAAAAUCAAAGAAGAAAGCAUGCGCUCAGGAUAAGGAAAGUGGUACAGACAAAAAGGCUCAGUUGAAAUCAUUGGGUGCAAGUGCAGUUCAGGGGAAGGACUAUGUUGGUGCAUCCAAAUUCUACAGUGAGGCCAUCCAGCUGGAUCCUACCGAUGCAACAUUGCAUUCAAAUAGGAGCUUUUGCUACCUAAAAAGUGGUGAAGCACGGGAAGCUUUGGUUGAUGCUAAGACUUGCAUAGGACUGAAACCAGAUUGGCCAAAAGGUUACUAUCGGAAAGGAGCUGCCCUGAUGUCGCUCAAGGAAUACAAAGAAGCAUGUGAUGCAUUCAUGGAUGGAGUGAAACUGGAUCCUGCAAGUGGGGAGAUGCAUGAAGCAUUUUGGGAGGCAGCCGCGGCAUUGAAGAAGAAACAUUUGGCUGGGAAGACUGUCAGCUCAUUUGAUUAGGAUCUGGUCGAUUUCCUGCUUGGUUCAGGGUGUUUUUUGGGGGACUUAAUCUGUACUCGUCUGAAGAGAGUAGUACGCCCUUAAUUAGAUGGUUUCAUGACUUCAAACUUCCUAGAGGUGGUCUCUUUUAGGUGCCAGCGACUGGCGAGCAAUUAGCUGCUAAAUACAUUGAGAUGGAUGUUUCCUGGAGUAAUUUGUCAUGAAAACGCUACUUGUUGCCUUGCUUAGCUUGUUCUCGCAUUAUAUGUAUGCGCUGUUUCUAUUAGUGACUUGGUGCGCUUUAGUUGCCCUGUUCUAGAUA